AUGAUUGCGGAAGAUUGGAUAAAAUCGAAAAGUGUGCAAGACAGAAACGUUAUGAUUAGAAGAGCGUACACUGCACGUAUUAUUAUUAUUUGCGCCUAUUGCAUAAUGGGACUAGCAUGUUUUUUUAUUAUCAUUCUCCCAAGCUUUGGAAUAUCAAUGAGACUGACUCCCAAUAUUACUGAUCCAGGCAAGCCAAUGCCUCUACAAACGUAUUAUAUUUACGAUCAAACUAAAAGACCGCAAUACGAAAUAACAUUUAUUAGUCAAGCUGUUUACAUUCUUCUUGCCACUAUGUCUUAUACUGGAAUCGAUAAUUUCCUUGGAUUACUAAUUUUCCACAUAUGCGGUCAAUUGGAUAUUUUGAAAAAUCGUUUGACACGUUUGGAUAAAUAUAUUAAUUCUCGCAAUAUGCUGAAAAGUUGCAUAAUAAAGCACAUUCAUUUACUUAGAGCCAUCGGCGUUAUUGAAGAUACGUAUAAUAUAACACUAUUAGCGUUAUUUGUAUACUUUGCAAUACUUUUCGCUUUCUAUGGCUUCCGAAUAAUUAUCCUAUUCGACGAAGGAAAUAAUCUAUCGAUCACUCACUUGAUAUAUUUUAUAUGCAACGUUUUCACUAUAUUUUCGCAUAUGUGCCUCUAUUGUGCCCUGGGUGAGAUUUUAAUGGCUCGGUGUAAUGAAAUAUAUUAUGCCGCAUAUAAUAAUAAAUGGUAUUCCGUGAAUCCAAAAAUUGCGAAAGAUUUGUUGUUUCUAUUGAUAAGAGGCACUAAACCAGUCUAUCUUACUGCUGGAAAAGUGUUUCCGAUGACAAUGGCAACAUUUUGUGGUUUAAUGAAAACGUCAGUCGGUUAUAUAUCUGUUUUGCAUACAACAAAGGGUUAA